CGCCCCAGCCCAGGGCAGAGGCGGAUGCCAGCUUGGUGACACAUGCUUUCUCACUGGCUUGCUGAUUACGGUGGGGACACGGAGGUCGUCAGCACCCACAGAGGGACUUACGGGCAGAACCCCUCGGCCAGGAGUCCUCUGGACCCCCACGUAGCUGGCCCCCAGCAGGAACGGGCAUGAAGACGCUGACAGUAGCACUGAUCUUGAUGGCCACAGCCUGGGCGGAGGAGCAGAAUAAGGUCCUGCAUGGCGGACCCUGUGAGCAGACGUCUCACCCCUACCAAGCUGCCCUCUACACGUUGGGCCACUUGCUCUGCGGAGGGGUCCUCAUUCACCCGCAGUGGGUCCUCACCGCUGCCCACUGCAAAAAGCCGAAUCUUCAGGUCUACCUGGGGAAGCACAACCUUCAGCAAAGGGAGAGUUUCCAGGAGCAGAGCUCUGUUGUCCGGGCUGUGCCCCACCCUGGCUACAAUGCUGCCACUCAUGACCAGGACAUCAUGCUGUUACGCCUGGCUCACCCAGCCAAAUUCUCUGAACGCAUUCAGCCCCUCCCCCUGGAGAAAGACUGCUCGGCCAACCACACCAGCUGCCACAUCCUAGGCUGGGGCAAGACAGCUGAUGGUGGUUUCCCUAACACCAUCCAGUGUGCAUACAUCCAUCUGGUGUCCCAUGAGGAGUGUGAGCAUGCCUACCCCAGCCAGAUCACCCAGAACAUGGUGUGCGCCGGGGAUGAAAAGUACGGGAAGGAUUCCUGCCAGGGUGAUUCUGGGGGCCCGCUGGUAUGUGGAGACCGCCUCCGAGGUCUUGUGUCAUGGGGAAAUGUCCCCUGUGGAUCCAAGGAGAAGCCAGGAGUCUACACAGAUGUCUGCAGAUAUGGCCACUGGAUCCGAAAAACCAUUCAGGCCAACUAACCCUGACAUGUCACAUCCAACUCUUGACCUGUGAUCCCCACCUGCUGGCUCCAGGAUAUCUCUGACCAAGACUUUACCCUCCCCCCACCUGCCUAGAGCCAACCCUUAAUGCUUAAUAAAAGCAGUGACGUGACAGCACAAAUUCACCCUGAUAUUACCCCAGCCCCGUCCUCCCAUCACUGGGGGUGAGUGGGGUGUGAGCUAAGGUCUUACCCUCACCACUAAGAGAAUACAGGAAAAUUCCUUCCAAGUAUUUCUUCUUCCCUGGUUGUCCCAUGGGCUCCACUCCUUCCUACAGAGGAGUGGUCACAAGUCUGGCAAAAUUCUGCCCCUUGCUAGUCGCCUGCCCUUGGGAAGUGACUUCCUUCACUGUGUAGAUUUUCUCAUCUGUAAAAUAAGGAUAAUGACAGGACAUUCCUCAUUGGGUGGCUGCUGUUGUUGGGAGGAUUCAAGAUUUCGAAUGUGUGGAAAACAUACAACAGUGCCUGGCAUACCUGCUUGAACAAUAAAGAGUGGAUUUUAUUAUUAUAA